CAAUAAUCCUCAAAGAAGAAGAAGCUAAAUAAGCUAACGUUAGACUGUUAGCAUUUUUCCUCAUCACAUUUUCUGACCUCGUCGUUGUACAGUAGUGUAAACUGUCUCAUGAGUGUCUGUCUGAAACGGAGUGUUUAAAGGACAUUCUGUAUACAAACAACUAUUUUGCUACCUAAAGUAAAAAGGGAUGUCAAAGCGGCUGCGGAGCAGAGAGGUCUGCGCUGAUUGUAGCUCCCAGGGCCCGUGCUGGGCCUCAGUGAACAGGGGCGUGCUGAUCUGUGAUGAGUGCUGCAGCGUCCACCGGGGUCUGGGCCGACACAGUUCCCAAGUCCGACACCUGACUCAUACACCAUGGCCACCCUCCCAGCUACAGAUGGUUCAGAAAUUGUACAGCAAUGGGGCCAACUCCAUCUGGGAGCACAGCCUUCUGGACCCCUCGUCUAUCACUAGUGGGAAACGCAAGGCCAACCCCCAGGACAGAGUCCAUCCCCAUAAAACUGAAUUCAUCAAGGCCAAAUAUCAGAUGCUGGCGUAUGUCCAUCGAAUGCCCUGUCGAGAGGAUGACAGUGUCACCACAAAGGACCUCAGUAAGCAACUCCACUCCAGUGUUCGGACUGGGAACCUGGAGACGUGCUUGAGACUGUUGUCUUUGGGAGCCCAGGCCAACUUCUUCCACCCGGAAAAAGGAAACAGUCCACUGCAUGUAGCAGCUAAGGCAUGUCAGGUGUCACAAGCAGAGCUGCUGGCUGUGUAUGGGGCGGAUCCUGGUGCCCUAGACACAGGGGGUAAGACCCCUGUUGACUACGCAAGACAAUCAGGCCACCAGGAGCUGGCAGACAGACUGGUAGAGAUCCAGUAUGAACUCACAGACCGCCUGGCAUUUUACCUCUGUGGGAGAAGGCCAGAUCAUAGGAAUGGACAACACUUCAUAAUCCCACAAAUGGCUGACAGCAGUCUGGAUUUGUCAGAAUUUGCAAAAGCUGCAAAAAAAAAACUCCAGUCUCUCACUAACCAUCAGUUUGAAGAGCUUGCCAUGGACGUUUAUGAUGAAGUGGACAGAAGAGAAACUGAUGCAGUGUGGCUCGUGACUCAGAACCACAGCACUCUGGUAACAGAUACAACUUUGGUGCCUUUCCUCCCUGUCAACCCUGAAUACUCAUCCACCAGGAACCAGGGCAGACAGAAGCUAGCAAGGUUCAAUGCACAUGAAUUUUCAACACUCGUCAUUGAUAUUUUAACUGAUGCCAAACGUCGGCAACGGGGGAACUCCUGUGAAAGUCCCAGAGAGGACAUAGAGCUCAUCCUGAAGGGAAUCGGCAGCCGUCAUGGGAGUGAUAACCAGGAUAAUGAAGACCAACCAGAUUAUGACAGUGUGGCGUCAGAUGAAGAUCCAGAGCGGGAACCCGCCUCUGGGAAGAAUGGGAAAGAUGACAGGACCAAGAGCUCGGAGUCGUCUGACCUGUCUGAUGGACCCAUCACAGUACAGGAGUUCAUGGAGGUGAAGAGCGCCCUCACAGCCUCCGAGGCCAAGAUACAGCAGCUGCUCAAGAUCAACUGUCACCUGAGUGAGGAGAUCCGGAUGAUGCAGAGCAAGCUGAACUCCCUGCAGACUGAGAACUCAACCCUGCAAUGGCAGGCCCCCAGGGGCUCGCAACAACCUCCGGACCCCUCUGGCCACCCCCCUGUCCACGGAGGCCGCCCCAUGUCCAUGUACGAGACAGGCUCGGGCAUGAGGCAGUACCCCCACAGGGGUGACCCUCCUUGCCGUGCCGACGGCCUCACCAUACAGCCCCUCCCUACAAACAUUGGGAGGGGGACUGCCUCAUCCUCCCUCCCUACCUUCCCCUCCUCCCUGUCCUGGUCGCGGGAUGAAAGAGCUCGAAGGGGUUGCAGCCUAGAGGGACCGAGCAUGCUGGAGAGUGACUAUGACAACACACCAAAUCACUCCGGACUGGAGGAGUCCGGUCUGAGCAGGAACAGCAGUUGGCUGGGGGACGGCAGUACAUCAGAUCAGGGGGAGGAUGAGACUGAGGCAGACUCCACCCUACCCUUCACCGAGGACGUCAUCUGUAAGACAGAGCAGAUCACCAAGAACAUCCAGGAGCUGCUGAGGGCCGCACAGGAGAACAAACAUGAGAGCUUUGUACCAUGCUCAGAAAGGAUCCAUGUGGCUGUGAGGGAGAUGGCCACUCUGUUUCCUAAGAGGCCGUACUCUGACACAGUGAGAGGGUCCCUGCGGCUGCUCACCUCCAGUGCCAGCCGGCUCCAGGGGGAGUGCCAGAAGGCCACGCCCCACGACCCUUGCCCCUCCGACAUGCAGCUGGUCACGCAGCAGGUCAUCCAGUGCGCCUACGACAUUGCCAAGGCUGCCAAACAACUCGUCACUGUGACAACCAAAGAAAACAGCAACUGAUUUUUAACCCAAAGACUAACAUCCCUCUUGGAUAUUUGAAUAUGUCAUUAUGGCUAAUUUCAAGUUAUCAGUGUUGCGUUAUGUUAUUAUUUGUAUGCCUCCAUUUUUAUUUAAAAUGCUUAAUUGGUCAUAGUAGAUUUCUAGUGAAGAACGUUUACAGAAAAUGUACCUUCCGAAACAUGGGUCAACCCAGGGAUUUGUCCAUGGGUUUGUCUGUUAAAUAUACUAAUAUUGCUAGAGUGUGACGACCUGCCUCUCUGAGCUUACCUCAUUGGAGACGUGCUAGUUACAUUGAAGUUACUAAACAGUUUUGCAAUGUUACACAUUUAAACAUUUCUGUGGUUGCUGGGGUGCUUGUCCUUGAUGCUCUUCCCUAUGCACCAAUGACACGUGACUGUCCAAAGGUUUCAAACAGCAUUUUAAGCAGUUAGCUUUUAACUUCUUAUUCAAUGCCAAACACAUUGGGAUUUUGAACAUAAGUUAGUGGAAUACUGCCUCAUGAGUCAUGAUACGUCCAUUACAAGGCUUUCGUCAAGGUAUUUUCCAUGAAUGCCAUUUCUAUGUUUUAUACUAAAGCCAUAAAAGUGAGGACAACUGCCAAGCCAGUUUUCCAUUGUUUCAUUUUUCUUUUUGUAGUUUGAGCAGAAGGUGAAGCCAUACCUCUAAUAUACAUGUACCUCUUACACAUGCCCAAUAUACAUUUUUAUUUAGUGUUUAAAAAAUAUAUAAUUAAAUCUCUCCCAAAGGGAUACUCAAAAUGGCCAACCCCAAUUUUAUAAUUUGUGUUCUUUUUUUAUGAAAGAAUGAAAAUGUACAAACAUAUUCUGAAUUCAUACAACCCCAAUCUAUAUUAUAUUUCUGAAUACAAUAUCCCUCACCUAUCUAACAAAAUAUUUAUUUUCAUAAAAUGUAUGUGUAACAGUUAGUCUCUAAUAUAUUCCGUGCUGUUUGAAGACAUGCGAGAAGUUUUAAUCUUGGUGGUAUGUGUUUCCAUAUAUAUCCACCGGCAAUAAGUUGUGCUCGUGAUCUCUCUCUCUCUGUGUGGGUGUGGUGCUAAACCCAGUCUAUGCCUUUGUGUGUCCCAUGCCUUGUAUUGUCUUGAUUAUGCUGCUAAUGGUCAAACAUGUGCAACUAAUACGGUGUUAAGAUGUGUUAAAAGCAUUGGUUCUGUAUAUGUAAUAUGGACUAUUUUAUAUUAGUCAUGUGUUGUCCAGGGAUGUGGGAGUGAUGAUCAAUUAUGUGUGCCAUUGAGUGUUAUUAUGAGCUCGACACAAGUCAUAGUUAUUGCCUUUGUGGUUUAAAUACCUGCCUUUUUAAAGUAAUAAACUUUACUUUAUAACUCAA